GAAAGCAGCGAAAACUGGGAGAAAGAGAAACCUGCACGAAGCGGGGGAGUAACCAGAAGAAUAGGAAUUCUAUCCAGAAACGGGCUGGUGCUGCUGCUGCUGCUGUGUCGCUCAGACUAGAACUAGACCAGACCAAGAGCAAACUAAACUACGCCAAGAAAAGCAGCCAAAUCCUUGAAAAAGAAAAUGGCCAAAUUAGUGACGUAUAUCUUCAUCGUCAGCUCCGUAGUACUGUGGUAUCUUCUGUUAUUCGAUGGCAGCAGAGGCGUGGAGGCCACCAACGGUCAUGGCAGCCAGCUGGAGGGGCGUGACUUCCACCACCACGGCGGGAGCCAUCACAUACGCCGUAACAUCAAUCACUGCUGGCGUCGCUACGAUGGCUACAAUCUGCAAAACACCAUUGUCAAUAAGAAGGAGCAGCUGAAAAAGCCCUAUGGCAUAUUGUGCAACUUCAAGUGCACUUGGUUCUUCACAACAAGCUUCCCCACUUGCGAGUUCAUCUACGACUAUAAAUUAUCCUGCGUACUGUUCACUUCACUGCCCGACUGUACCACCGUCAAGUGUACUCUCUUAAAUUAUUUUAGCUAGAGUUACCAGCCCAGGCCCUAACACAAUGUAGGCCAUAUCCAUAUAAUGUUAACUAUUGUAUUUAUUUCAGCAGCAGUUAUAAGCUUUUUUUUCAUAGCAUAAGUCUGAUUAUUACUAGAUUUUAUAUGGAAAUAUAGGAAAUUACUCUUGAAACAAAAUGAAAAUAUAAAUGUAUAUU